UCGAUCACUUAAAGGGAAUCUACUCUUGUGACUCGGGAAAGAAAAAAGGUUUAGCGAAAACAACCAAACAAAAGCGUUUGUCACGAAAAGCGGCGUUGAUUUGUAGGUCAAACAAGUUAACUCGUGAUUUAAUUUAUCACUUUGCCAAAUCGACAAUACACCUACUGCCAAAAUUGAGUAAUCUUUUAGUGCAUUAAUGAGUCACUAGUAAGUUGUCAAGAUGGUGGAUCGACUAGUGAACACGGAAUCUAAUGCACGGCGGAUAAAUUGUGUGGAAAAAUGCUUUGGCAACUCAGGACAGCCUCUGACCAUACCUGGGAGGGUCCUUGUGGGCGAAGGAGUUCUUACAAAGAUGUGUCGCAAGAAGCCAAAACCACGUCAGUUUUUUCUCUUCAAUGACAUACUAGUCUAUGGUAACAUCGUAAUCCAUAAAAAAAAGUAUAACAAGCAGCACAUCCUUCCCCUGGAGAACAUAAAGCUAGAGACUGUGGAAGAUGAUGGAAAUUUACGAAAUGGCUGGAAAAUUAUCAGCCCCAGCAAGUCGUUUGUGGUGUAUGCUGCUACUGCAACAGAGAAGAAAGAGUGGAUGGCACAUAUUCGAACUUGUGUGGCUAAUCUUAUUGCUAAACGAGGCCUGGCAGAGAAUGCAUUAGAAGACUCUCCUGUAUGGGUGCCAGAUUCUGCGGCCAGGACAUGCAUGCACUGUAAAAAGUCAGAAUUCACACUGAUCAAUAGAAGGCAUCAUUGUCGACACUGUGGGAUCGUUGCCUGCAAUGCCUGUACCUCAAAACGCUGGUUGUUGCCUCAGCAGUCAUCUCGGCCACUGCGUGUUUGUCUUACAUGUUACCACAAACUAGCAGGCAAAUCAACUCAAGAGCCUGAACUUGCUGGAGGUGACGAAUCCUCUGGUGAGGACUCUUCAGAUGAUGAUGAUGAGAGGAAUGAUGUAGCACAGAGCAGACAGAGUACAUCAGAUGAAGUAUCUUUUGAUGAUGCACAUUUCCAAACCUAUGACUAACAACAGAGGAAGAAGCUAACAACGAAGCUAUUUUUGAAAAAAAAAAAAAGAAUGAUUUGCAUUCAAGCGAAUAUAAAAAAUGGUUUUGAAAUUAUUGGUUUCCAGACAUUGACAGAGUUUUGGAAAAAAAGAAAGGCAAAACAGCUGUUUAAAGAAUUUUUUUAAAAUGUGAGAUGAAUGGCACAAAAAAAAAUAAUGGAGGAAUGUGUAUAUAGUUUGCAAGAAAUAAAACUGAGGUAGUCAAAUACAGUUGCAAAGAUUGCACCUUUAUUACUUUAUUAAAUUUAGUUUCUGAUAAAAUAUAAAACUAAAAUAUGAUCCAAUUUGUUGUAUAUUUUCUAUAUUCAUAUGGAAAAAGCAUUUUUAACAAAUGUACCUAUAAAACAUUGAUUAUUGUUUAUUGUUUUGUUAUUUUUGUUUGACAAUAAUAUUUUCCACGUAAGGUACAGAUUAGAUAAAGGGGCAUAAGAGAAGUUAAUACAGGUAUCAAGACCAUCACUUCAAUAUGUAUGUCCGAGUAAAACUGCUGCUGGCUCUUGAGAAUAGGAUAUAAGGAUUAGAAUUUGAGAGUAAAUCUAUUGUACAUUUGCUGUCGUGUGCACCUUACUUGCCAGCAAGCAUGUGAAAAGUAUUAUUGCUGUUUCUGGGUUUCGCAAGUAAUCCAGUGUUACACUACUCCAUUUUUCUGGUCACGUGUAUGUGUGAAUACGUGUGGUAGCCUGUGCGUGCACUUGCACACUUGUACCUGUGUGAACAUGACUGCAUGCUUGUGCCAAUUGAUAUACAUAUCUGUAACUAACUUUUAAAAAAAAACUAUUAACUGCAUAACAAAAAGUUCGAAGAACGUAUGGCAUUUUCAUUAGUAGUAUUAGAAAAAGUGUGUUCAAAGAUGGCUAGCUGUUUGUGUAUUUGUGGAAUGUUUGGUAAUCAACCAUUUGUGGUGUCUGUUCCCUUCCCCUUUAAAAAAGAGAAGGAGAGAACUCUUGACAGUUGCAUCCACCUUCCACUACACCAAAACUAGGAUGUUCUUUUGUGGGCACUAUUGAAAGUACAAUCUCCACUUUAGGUCAGUAGUAGUCAUGCAUAAGUGUUUAGUUUUGACAUUUGGAAAAUAAAAGAUAAGUGGUUGAAAGAGAAAUCCUUUUUUAUGCUAUUUCUAACUUAAUUAGUUCUACACAAUAUUUUGCUGUAUUUAGAAGUGAUUGUUAUAAAGGAGGCAGAGAAAAUUGCAAAAAGUCAUGACAGGUUGAUAUUUCAUUAAAAUAAUCAUGCCUUUUUUUUUCGUUUUAUUUUUUCUCUACCCCUUUACGACAUGCUGACUGCACAGACAUUGGAAAUUGCAGCUUUCUAGUUUAGCGACUUUCUUUUUGCAAAAGAUAAAAUAUUUGUUGUGCUUUAAAGAAAUGGCACAUCAGUUGCUAAUCAUGUUUAUUGUGCAUAUUCAUGGGUGCUUGAAAAGCCUAUUAACUGGCUGUUAAAAAUGGUCCAAAUUUUUGUUUUCAUCUGAGAUAUCUGUGCCACAUGCACAAAUGCAUUUUAUUAAUACAAGACAAGGAUGCAUGUAUGUGUGUGUGCACAUGCAGAACAGCUAAAUAAUGUGGCAUUGAGAUUGCAAGACCUGUAUGUGGUCUUUAGGUUUGUUGCUACUCUGGAAAGUUCUCUUGUGGUAAACUGUAAAAUGUUACAUUUCUUUGCAUGCUGUGCAGUGCCAUUGAUUUAUUUUUCAGUUAUUAAAAUUGUAUUCAUCAAAUUUCACCUUUAGGUUUGACAGAUAUGGCACUAGCAUUCAUGGUCAAUACAUUGCCUUCAUGUUUUGGGAUUUUAAACUCAUUGAUUCUGAAUGGCAUGGGUUAUCUUUUUUUAUGUCUCUUGUAUGCAACUUUGUUCCAGAUACAACUUCUGUACCGAUGAACUGUCAUCUUUUUAAUUCAAGAAAAGCUAUGAUCACGGUCUUGGGUUAGACUGGAUAGAUACUGGAGGGCAGGGAGGCUGUAUUCAGCAUGAUUGUAAGAUUAUGCAAAAGUUGCCUUUUAAGGCAUCUGUCCAAACCUGAUAUUAUUGCCUUAAAUAUUUGGGAAAUGACACUUCCUGUUGCCUAUUUUGGGGGAGGAAUAAAACAAAAGAAGUGCCUUCCAAAUUUGUUCAAAGUCAAGGUUGUGGGUUAAAAUGUAGAUGAGACAUUGUGAAUAUUUAUGAACCAGUUUCUCAAGAAAGCCUAUAAUCAAGAAAAGUUGUCCUUGCAUUGUUGUAGAUGAAAAAGAAAACCUAUUAAAAAAGUGGUUUAAAACCAUUUAACACAUGGCCAUUUUUCCUGCCUGCUGAUUGUAUCCCAAAUGUUUUCAAGUAUUCAUUCUGGUGCAGGAAUUAGUUUUGAUGUCAGCUGGUGAUAUCAUUGUGUGUUUUGUUUUUUGUGUGAAUGGACGAUGUGUAAGAGAAUAAUGUAAAUAAACAAUAGAAUAUCUGUUCACCUAGACUUAUUAAUUUCAUCUGGAAAUUGUGGGUGUAUUAUGAUUAAUAUAUAAUAAGCAAAAGCUAGCCUGGCAGCAUAUAUUUCUUGUUUUACACAGAAUGCAAAACUUGAAAUAGGAUUUAGGUUGAAAAAAAUAAUGGAGGUCUUAAUUUCACCGGAGUAAUGGGAGGUGUUUGCACUCUGUUGUAAAAAUAUAAGUUAACCUAUAACUUUUAUAAAUCUAACACAGCAGGCAGUAUUAGUCAUAUUAUGCUAGGCAUUUUUUAUAUACUAAAGUUUAAUAUUUAAUCACUAAUGAAAUAAAUGGAUGCAUUCAUUCCUGUAAAUUUAAAAUAUUGUGCAUGGGCUGGGUGUAAUGGCUGUAUUUUUGCUGUGAUGUUCAAAUAUUAAUUUUUUUUUUUAAAUCUUUAUCUUGACAGAUUUCUGUAUUUCUUUUAGCCGGCCAGACCACAUUGGUUGGAUGAUGAGAACUUUGCUGCAUUUUUGUUGUUUUGUUUUCUCUCGUGAAAAUGAAAUGCUUCUUAGUGGACUGCUCAUAAAAGACCUCAGUAAUAUGGUAUAUUGGGGUUUUUUACAUUUAUUUUGAAAGUGGUGAAAUUGAAUUUAUGAGAGCAUCUACAAGCAGCUAUUCCUUUUGGAAACCAAACAUUUUGAGAAAAAUGUAUUUUGGAAGUUUGACUCCGUGUUGAGUGUGCAUUGUUUCCAAAAGAAUAACAUCCACAAAUGAUUGGUCAGUAAUAGACUAGAAUGUUUCCAAAGUGGUAUACUACACUAGAAUAUACAUAAAGCUCAAGGUUGGAGGGGUGGUGGGAGAAUUUCCUUCAACACUACCUUCAGUGCUUUCGGGCAGUCUUUGAUUUUACAUGGAUAAGAAAAUGAUUGUGUUUGAUAGGACACAUGUAAAUUUAUAUUUCAGCGUGCAUUUAUGAGAAAAAAUUUGAAAUGUUUCUCCUCUGCAAAGUUCUAUUAGCACAAAACUGUUUGGUUUUUUUACCACUAGAAUUCUCUUCUGUACCAGAAGAAUAGUGAAUAAAUAGUGAGAGGCCUAAAAGAUCAAAGAAAUUUUGUUUUCUUAACCAUGCACCAAUGGUGCAACAAUAUUAGCCUUAUAAUUUCAAGCUAUUUUCUGUCUUACAGUUUUGUUUAAUAAGAAUAACCAAAAUUUUCCCCAUUUACAAUGUCGCCAUCAGUUGCACAUUAUUUUUCAAAAGUGCAAUUUUUUUUUUUACCUGUUUUUCAAUAAAUGUGAAAAUACUAGUAAUGUGGCAAAUGUGAUAGGCAUGUCUCUGUUACUGUAAUUUAUUGGACAGUUUCUGACAGACCAAGGUCAGAGCACUUAUGUCCAUUUUUGCAUACUUUUGUCACUGUGUGGCAGCUCUUGAAAUGAUAUGUGAGAAGAUGCCAUUUGAGAUUAUGCCAUGAUACUGAAACUGACAUGAUUAACAACAGGUAUCUGAUUUCCACAAUUGUGAUAUUCAGGAAAGUUUGUGUUUUAGUGGCAUAUUUGUAUCAACAUUGGGGAGGAAAGAAACGAAACUCUCAAAAGUUCAUUCCUGUUGUUUCGCCAUGUACAUUUUGUAGAGAAGAAUAAAUACUGAUUUAAUCACA